GAGGUAAAUCGAUCUCGGGGUGAUUUGUGGUCGAGCUGGACGCUGUUGAGGGCCUCGUUGCAGAGUGCACCUCUUCGAUUAUAAAGUGGGGGGGUAAAAUAGGGCCCACGAGAAACUUGCUGAAGAAGAGAAGAAGAGAGGGAAAGAAUAAGAGGAGGUAAAGAAGAAGGGAUUACCUCCGAUGGGCCUCACCGAUCCUAUAUAAGAAGACCUAAGUACGUCUAUACGCACAACUUCUUUACCUGGGACCUGAAGGUUUCGCCAUUGGUGCAGUGACAUUCGUUCGUAUUUAUCUCAUUCCAUUUGUCGUUGGUUUCCUUGUUGGUUUCGAGUUUGAUCGUAAACGAGUGCUAAAUUUUUUUGUAAUUAAAUUUGCAAACGUGGGUUCAUUUGCGGCACGAUGAUACCGACGACGAACGUAAUUACGAUCCUGGUAUUGUCCAGCACCUGCUGCUCGGGGAUUCCGCUUUCGGGAAUUUGGCUCAGUCCGAUAGCCCCGGUGGCACCCCUUUCGCAAUAUCAUACUCACGACGGUUCGGGUGGAUAUCAUUACGCUUACGCUGGGCCACAUCAUUCGAAGGUUGAAACUCGUUUAGGAGGACUGACUAGGGGAGGUUAUUCUUACAUAGACGCUAACGGCGUCCUCCAAACCGUCGCCUACACCGCCGACGAUCUUAACGGUUUCCGCGUUCAGGCGUCGAACCUUCCCCAACAGUCGAAUGCGGAUCUGAUACCGGUCGAAGACACCGCGGAGGUGUCGGCGGCCAAAAAAUCGCACUCGGAGGAGCUCAAGAGGGCCGAAGCGAUUGGGAGUGGCGAUGAAAUACCUCAAACAUUCCUCGAAUAUUCUGGAGUAAAUUCCCCCGGUUCCGUGGCGGAUUCCACGAAUAACAACAAAUUAACGGACACCGACAGAUCGGAUUUAUCCGAAGGGAGUUCCCCGCCCGUUUCGCAAAAUCUUUUCUCCCAAACGAAAACAGAGGGCGAUCAACUUUCCGAAGAUAUCGGCGGAUCGAAAUUGAGUUCGGAAACUUCGAAUUUACCUGCUAAAGUAUCGACGUCCGGCUACGUUAUUCUUCGAGACGGUGUCAGAGGCCCCCAAACUUCCGGGGGACACGAUAUCCAGGAAUUCUCUCACCUCGCCACCGCCGGAAUUCCGCACUACGUUUUUCCAAUUUUACCCUACAGAUUGAUGCACAGCUCUCUACAUCACACUCAAGAUUCUCUCGGGCAAUACGAUUACACCUACGCGGGUGAUACAAGCGCUAAAACCGAGUCGAGAUCUUUGGACGGAACUACCAGAGGAGCGUACAGUUACAUCGACGCCAAUGGUUUGCUCCAACAGGUUCAUUACGUCGCAGAUCACAACGGAUUCAGAGUGGCGGCUACUAACUUACCCGAAGCGAAAUGAUCUCCGAGUAUCGACGAAAAGAGAGAAAACAAAAAAAAAAAAGAAAUGUUGUAAAGUUAAUUUUUAAUUGUCUUUUUAUUAUUAUUAUUUUAUUUUUUACACCCCGGUUUUAUCGAUCUAGUGCCAUAAGGUAUAACUUGGCUCAAGGUGUUGGGAAUUUCUUUUUACUUCCGUUUCGUUUUUGAAUAUUCUUUGAGUACGUGCCGCCCCUUGUCAGAGGAUGAAGAGAGGAGUCUGCUCAGGAACGUAUUUGACAAUUAUUCAUCACGAUAAUUAUUUACCGUUAUUAAUAUGUAUUUAAAAUAAAUUAUUUUUUUCUUCCACAUUAUGUAAAUCACCCCGAGAUUUCCGGUUCGUUUGUUCAGUUGAUUUACUUUUUUUCUUCCGUUUCAAUUUUUUUCUCCAUCCGGCACGUUCGGAAUGUCAGCCGUACGCUGCAUUCGAAUAAUCGUUGGUGUGACAUAACUUCACAUUAUCACAUCGUAUAAUUCUAGAUAAGAACGUGAGAAUAAUUUCUUAAUUCUCAUCCUUCUAAUCUGAGUUUGUUGAUUUCUUUCUUUUCUUUCUACAGAUAGUUGUACACAACGUAAAAAGAGGUAUAAAAUUCCGAGCACGUGCCGUAAUAUGAAUACCUCGUUUACAUCGAGACAACAAUUUUAUUUUCAAAACAUUCCGUUCAACGACUCGUCGUUUCCGUAGUAAACGAAUAAAUAAAACAGAGUGCAAUUUACAGCGAUAAAAUUAUUCGAUUUUUUUGAUACCGUGAUUCCGAAAAAUUGUGGUGCGAUCGUUGCGGGAAAAAAUUGUUCGACUCCGAACGCGCGGUCGACGCGAAACCGCGUCAAAUUUUUUUUCGUCAAAUUUUUCUCGAAUCAUAACAUUUUCGUUUAAUCUCUGUACGGGGAUACGCCUAUGAAGCACGUUAAUUGGAACAAAUGUCCGCUCUUCCGAAUGAUUGCAUCCCCGUCGACUUGUUUAAUUGUGAUGAUGAAAUGCCCGUACGUACGUAACGCGCGCAAUUUAAUCUGCGGACGAGUGAUUUUCACGUUUGAAUUUAGCCGGAGAAUAAUACGUGGGUACGCGCACACACAUAUAUUCGCACGUAUCGCAUAAUAUAUGUAUGUGUGCGAAUAACGUAUGCGCCCCACAUGUGUGCGUUUUAGCGAUAAUAAUAAAUACCGGCGCGAUCGAUCCGUGACGGUAAUGAUCUUGAUUUUAUCGCUGUUCUCUUCGUUUGUUUUUGUUUUUUUGUUUUUUUUUUUCAUCAAUUUUAUCUACCGGUUGAAUAUUUUCUCUCGACGACUUCUUGCUCGGUUAUUUCUAUUGAUUUAUCCAAUUACCGCCCCACGAUAAUAACGCGCCGACGAAUAUUUAAUAACAGGAAAGCGCGAUGCGUAUGAAAUUAUAAUUUCAACGUCAGUAAAUCGCGAAUCAGUUUAGCCGAAAGCGAUAAUUUUAACGCGGGAAUAAUCCGUCGCAUUAACAGGGCUUUGCACGCGGUGUUUAUAAUUAUUGCGAAUUCACGUUUUGGACGUAGAAUUGAGAAAAUCGAAAAUCAGAGGAAUUUAGAUCGACUGAGUACAUUAUACGAAGAUGAUCAUUUACGCUCUGUAUCUAAACGGUCAACGUCCACGUGUCAAGGGGGUCAGUUUAGAAACGAUUUACGUUUCACGCGCUCAAGA